CAGCAGCAGCAGGACAGCAGAUGGUCAUGGUCACUAUGAGUCCAUUCACCUCUUCCGCUGAGGAACAAUCCAAAGUGAUGGUGUUUGAAUGGAAUCUGGCCUCAAGGUCACAGACACUGACUCAUCCUUGGGUUGUCCUGAUAAACACACGCGACAGGGGAAUUCUCUGUCCUGUGCAAUCAGUGUAAUUAGAAAUGUCCCCUGGGUGCGGGUGUUGGGACGGGUAGGGGAGGUUAGGCAGAGAAAGGACGGGACAAGCCUUUCCUCAGGAAAACAUAUCACCUUCCACCACAAUAGAACUCGUCAGGAAACGGCAGGCGGCCACAGCGCUCUCUCUGGACCAGCGGUUACUUUCAAUCAUCAGAUGCACAUCUAGCACAUGCCAGGAUGCCACUGUACUGAAGGUCUGCUCAGGUCCUCAGUUUGUUAAAAUCUCAAGAACAACCAUGCCCAUUCUGAAGAAGCUUCCCGGGAGGUCCAAGAGCUGCCUUGAGUUCCCCAGAACAAAUGGUGAACUCAUCCUGCCCAGACUGGACUUGGAUCUCAGGGACUUGAAAGAUCUCAAUGAUCUGAACAACCUUAAAGACCUAAACAAGGGCCUGAACCCAUUUGAGGACGUGGAUCUGGAUGACGACGAGAAGAACGGAGGUGACAUGGGUCUCAUCAUGGGGGAUAUGAAAGGUAACGUCCAGUUUACCUACCGUGAUGGAGCAGAGGAGAAUGAGGUGAAUGCAGAGAGGCACGGGGUGGGGAACCCCAAAGGGAAGCCUCUGAGGGGAACCCUGGAGAGGAUCUGUGGGGUGUCUCCCCUCAAGACUCUUGGAAAACUGGGGAAGGGGCUCCGCAUAUCAGGAAGAAACAUGUUGGGGACCGGCAACCCCGGAGACUCGAAUACACUCCCAUCAGAGAUGGUGAAAAGAAAAGGAUUCCGGAGAAGCUCUGAAGGAAUCAUGACCCUGCUCCGCUUUACAGGCCGUCGAAAGGAAGAGCGCAGAGAGAGUCUGCCCUGCGGCGAUCUGACCGUAGACAGUGAGGCUGAGGCUUCCAGGCAUUAGUCGUUCCUGAGGAUGGUCAGUGGGAAACUGAAGCGGGAAUCACUGUCGGACAAAGCCUCCCAAGAAGCGGAGGAGGAAUCUGUGGAGGAGGAGCUAGUGGUCAAAACCAGAGAGCCACUCUCAGUGCUGGAAAUCUUACAGCUGGUCAACCACAGGGAUCUUCUCUUGGCUGACACACACAUUCAGGAGCUGGAGCGAGAAUCUGAGCUGCUGUCCCUCAUGCCUGCCACAUCAAGUCCAACUCUAACUCCAAUUAUUUCUCCCAGCCCCCCUCCCAGCAUAUUCCCUUUAUCACCUCCAUCCUUAAAUGAGUCCCUGAGCUCCAAUGCAACACUGGACUCCAGUCGGCGGAAGGCAAAGGAUGUGGAGCUCCUCUAUGAAGCCCUACAGAAGGAGAUGUGGGAUGUUGUCCGAGAAUCCCUCCGCCAGCCUAGUGCUGGGCCAAACCUUGGGCUGGUGGUGCUUGUAAUCCAGCAGGAAGAACAUGCAGAUGCUGCCUGGGCUCUAAGAGAAGAGACCAAGCAACCAGAGCUUGAGGGGUCCCAAACCUACACCAGCCAGCGUCCCCGGCGACUGAAGCUUAAGUGGAGGCAGGCUGUUUCAGAGGCAGCAGAAUGGAGCUUGCCACAUCAGAUGGAUACCCAGGCAGGGAUGCUGGCCUCAUAUCUGGACCGCCUGAAGAGUAGGAUGGUGGAUGACUUAGAUGCAGCAAGGAGGAAUGUGGUAUCCAUUUACCCUGAAGAGUUUGCAGCUUUUCAGGUGUAUGUAGAAAGUUAUCAUCGUGCAGUGGCUAAACGUCUUCGGACAAUUACUAGUGGCCCACUGCAGAUUACGGAUGUCUACUCACUCCUGGACUGGUUCUACAACAUCUACAAUAGGGAUGUGCUUGGAGCCAUUGGUACAGCUAGUCCCAUUAAUUAUGCUCCACUGGAACCAAUUUUGCUUCAGGAUACAGUAGACAGGCUGGAAGAAGACUGCAUCAGUAUAGUCAGGGAGAAGGUGACAACUGAGUUAAUUCAGGUUCUGGAUGAAGAAGAACGCCGAUGGGCCCAGGCUCUGCACAUAGAGGAGUAUCAGUGCCAAUUGGCACGUUCUAUCAUUCAGAGGCUGAAGAUAGACCUGGACAGAUCCACAUCUGUGAACCAGUUCCUUGGAGCAAGAGUGGCUCGUUGCAGUCUCAUUGGUUUAGCUGACUUCCUCUACAAUUUCCAGAGAAAAGUGGAGAUGUUUCAUGACACUCAGGCAGAAUUUGGAGAUCGAGGAGAUGGGUAUGUUUCCAGAACCAUAGCUCUGGUCAACUGCUGCCCUCCUCUCAGAUCCUUUGUGGAGCGCUGCAGGCAGUGCGACCCACAAGGCAGCGAGGAGUCGGCGCAGAGAGCAAACUCCUCCCUGGACAGGAUCAUCAACCAGUCUGUGAGGGUGCUGACGGACAGACUGUUUGAGCACAUCAGGCCUUUCUUUGACAAGCUGAUAAAAAGAAAAUGGCUGAACAACACCGAGGCCUUCGAGGCCAUUGAAGCCAACAUUAAACAACACUUCAAGAAGUUCCGGAGGAUGGACUCUCCGCCCUAUCAGACACUUGUGGGUGAGGUGCAUCGGCGUGUCCUGGUGGAGUACGUCCGAGCCGUCAUGAGUGGACGAGUCAUCUGUACCUCCUCCAAGAUGAGGAAGAGGAUGGCCUUUCGGUUGCAGGAUGAGGCCAAACAGCUGAAAGGACUCUUUAAGGAUCUGGAAUCGGGGUCAUCCUGGUUGGACACUGUUCUCUCUCACCUAGCAGAUAUCAUUCUCCUGGAGGACAUGCCCUCCAUCCAGAUGGAGGUGGCAGUUCUGGUGAAGGAAUUUCCAGACAUAAGGAAGAAGCAUGUAGCCACCCUUUUGAAUGUAAGGGGGAUGACACGGCAAGCAGAGCGUCAGGAGAUCCUGAACAUUGUCAAAGACUUUGAAUGCAGUGCAGCCCUCGUGCCCCGGGACCACGCCCUCUUUUCCGAAAUCCCCAUCAUCUCAGAGAUGCACUGCAUCAGCCUGGGUCUCCUUCGCCUCGCCAUGACCGUCACCAACUGGUUCUCAGAGCACCGGCUGAGACGAAACCAUAGGACGAGUGUCAAAUCAAUAACUAAACCUGCUGAUGUACAAAAUUUGGAAGACACAAAUAAACAUCACAGAGAAAACUAACAAUGCAAUGCACAGAGGAGACACACUGACAACAUGCACCUUGACAACAAACUGAUUGUACCAAAUAUUACCAGUGAUAUCAAAACCAUUUGAAAGGAAAAAAAAAAACAUACAUGACCUCAGGUACUGCUCAUA